AUGGAUUUUUUUGACACUCGCGUUUUGUUACCUUCUGAUGCAUCCCCUUCACAAUAUCCAUCCGGAUUAGCUAAGACCAUAUCGCCGAAAUUACUCUCUACUAUUAAACAUGGUUAUGAACACGAUGAACCUUUCUCUCAUGAGCACAUUACAAAUCAAGAACUUUCAUUUCAUACGAGUGUCAUUGACAUGAUCGGAGAAGUGUAUGGAAGCAAACAGUACAAGAAGAAGUCUCUAAGAUUGGAUAAAAUAAAUUCAAAUACAACAAAACCCUGUAAAAACUGGCAUAUCUGUAUAAUCAAUCUUUCAUUUAUCGUUCUUUUAAUCGGAAAGCGUGCAUGUGGUAAAAACCCAUAUACAGAAAAUGCAAACACAUCUUACUAUCCUGCUGUUCUGACCUUUUCCUAUGUUCGAAAGUUGGUCUUACCACCUAUGAGUAAGCCAGCUUCAUACACUUGUAAAAACUAUCUGAUCACAUCAUGGGGGAUUCCGCAAAUUUAUCUUGAUAUUCUUGACACAGAACAAGAAAGGUCAAAGACAGAUUAUAUCAUGUAUAUGGCUCUAAUGGUUUAUCUGUACUACACCCCACAUUUACUGACCAUCUAUACUGACAGUUCUUUAACACCUCCAAUCAUCAACAGCAAAAAAACACGUCUUUAA